GACUAAUUUUAAAUUAUUGCUACUGUUUUGUUAUACUUAAGUGUGUGAUAUUUAUUGUGUGUGUGUGUGUGUGUGUAAAAUACAUCCCAAAAAAUUUUUUUUUGUUGGAUAAAUAUGAUUACCAGUUAUCCAUCAGUUUUGGAUGGAUUAAAUAAAAUACAUUUAGUUAGAAAUCGGUUACAAUCGUGGAGAACAUUAUCUAUUGGAUUAUCAUUUCUAGCAUUAAUACUAUUGACUGGAAAAUUAUAUGAAGUCGAUAGAGAAGUCGGUUAUUUAAAAUUUGUUUCAAAUGAUUGGAUCAACAAAAACAUACUAAAAGGGCUCAAUAGUAGUGAUAAUAAUAAUAAUAACAAUAAUAUUAAUAAUCCAAAGACAAGUAUAACAGCAGCGAUAACAACAAUACAACAGCAAAAUGUUAUCAUAAAUCUUGAAAACUUCAAACAAGACAUCGAAACGCUAAUCGUUGAGUUGAUGUCGGCGCGGACUACACUCAUACUUAGCCUUAUUUUUGUAUUAGUCUAUAUUAUAAGUUGGACCUGGAUGGCAUAUGCUGUCAAUGAAACUCAUACUAGUAGAGAUGUAUCGCUCAAAUCGGUAUUAUUAUUGGCCGUAUUUGCCGCCGUAGAUAUUGCGGCCAGUGCUGGCUUUGUGAUGGUUCGGGUGAUUAUGUAUGCUUUGAGAGAUCAUUAUUUUCCCAAAGAUAUGCGAAUUCCCGACUCGAUUACCGAAAGCGAUCAAAUGGUCGGCUUUGCAGCCCUAAGAUUAGCUACACUUAAGUCCAGCUCUGGAGCUACCGAUGUCUUUGUCUCAGUAAUUGUCGGUUUUCUCACCGCUUUAAGAGUCUAUUCAGUGAUUUGUGCCGUUUCUUACUAUAGACGAGUCCGAAGAGAUUCAAUCGGAAGCAGUGAUUAUUCAAGUGAUAAAACACAAGUCAAAGAUAUCGAUGACUUUUUUAAACAAUCGCCUACUUAUACUCCGAAAAUUCGUGCAUUAAAUGCACAUAAAGAAAGAGAGAAACGCUUCUCCAUUAGCAAUGGUGUCGGAGGUAUUGCUAAUGGUGUCGGUGUCAGUGGUGGUGGUGUUGUCGACGGCGAAAUCAUCGAAGAAGACGAAGAGGAACAGCAACAACAACAACAACAAUGGCCAGAGUUGAAGAUACAGGCGGCAGAUAUGCCUCAGCAGAUGCAAAGGGCGGCCAUCCAGAGUACCAGUCAUGCCAUCAAAGUUCAUACAACGGAGAAGCACAUCGCAGAAAGUAUUAAACAAGACUUUGAUCAGUUAUACCAACCGACCUGGCAUUGUAUAGUUGGUCGCAAUUGGGGCUCAUGUGUCACACAUUCAAAGGCGUCUUAUGUAAGAAUGCUAUACAAAGAUCUAACAAUACUUCUCUAUAAAUCAACUUAA